CUCUCUCUCUCUCUCUCUCUUUCUUUCUCAAACUAAACGAAACGUACCAUUUCUAUGGCUUUUGCUCAAGUCUCUGCCUCUCUUUCCCUCUCCAUUCAUGAUGGUUUUACUUUGGGCUCACCAAAAACUCAGAGCACUUCUCGAUUACCCACUUCGAAUCUUGUAAGAAUUGGAACUACCUUUGCCACUGGUUCUCCACUUUCAUGGAAAAUUUCUCACCGAAGGAACCCUUCAUGCAAAGCUACUCCAGUUUCAGUGAGAUGUGAGCAAAGUACCCAGGGGGGCAACAGUUUGGAUGUAUGGCUAGGUCGGCUUGCAAUGGUUGGCUUUGCACUGGCAAUUAGUGUCGAAAUAGCAACAGGCAAGGGACUUUUGGAGAAUUUUGGGCUCACAACACCCUUGCCUACAGCAGCCUUGGGAGUUACAGCAUUAGUUGGUGUUUUGACUGCAGUAUUCAUCUUCCAAUCUGCCUCUAAAGAUUGAUCCCCUUGAUGUUACUUUUUGGUGUUUGUAAAGCCUGGUCGAAGAUACAUAUAGUUACAUUUUUGUUCAUUAAUUGUAAUUUUGUCUCAAUGUCAACACUCGAAAAUGUACUAAUAAUGGAAUUUUAAUUUAUGUGAAAGGUUUCCUCUGCAA